AUGACCGGCCUGUUUACACCGGCGCGGCGCUACGGGGCCGGCACCGGGGAGAGGCCGAGCCCCGUCGCGGCGGCCGCCGCCCCCCCCCGGCGCCGCGGUGGUUCGCCCCGCGCGGCCGCGAUUGGCCGAGCGCUUAAAGGGGCCGGCAGCGCGCCGGCGGUGGCGGCGGGGCCGGGCAUCGGCGGCGGCGGCAGCCCGCGGUACACCCUGCUGGCCGAGAUCGGCCGCGGCGCCUACGGCGUGGUGUACGAGGCGGUGUCGGGCCGCAGCGGCGCCCGGCUGGCUGUGAAGCGGAUCCGCUGCGACGCUCCCGAGAACGUGGAGCUGGCGCUGGCCGAGUUCUGGGCCCUGACGAGCCUCCGGCGGCAGCACCCCAACGUGGUGCGCUUCGAGGAGUGCGUCCUGCAGCGGCACGGCCUGGGGCAGCGCAUGAGCCACGGCAACAAGCGCAGCCAGCUCUACCUGCGCCUCGUCGAGACCUCCCUCAAAGGUGAGAGGAUCCUGGGCUAUGCAGAGGAGCCUUGCUACCUGUGGUUCGUCAUGGAGUUCUGCGAAGGGGGAGACCUCAACCAGUACGUGCUGUCCCGAAGGCCCGACCCUGCCACCAACAAGAGCUUCAUGCUGCAGCUGACCAGCGCCAUUGCCUUCCUGCACAAGAACCACAUUGUCCACCGGGACCUGAAGCCAGACAACAUCCUGAUAACUGAGAAAUCUGGCACCCCUGUGCUCAAGGUGGCUGACUUUGGGCUGAGCAAGGUCUGUGCUGGCCUGACUGCUCGGGGCAAGGAGGGUGGGCACGAGAACAAAAAUGUGAAUGUGAACAAGUACUGGCUGUCCUCGGCCUGUGGCUCUGAUUUCUACAUGGCACCCGAGGUGUGGGAGGGACACUACACUGCCAAGGCUGACAUCUUUGCCCUCGGCAUCAUCAUCUGGGCCAUGAUUGAGAGGAUCACCUUCAUUGACGCCGAGACCAAGAAGGAGCUGCUGGGAACUUACAUCAAGCAGGGGACCGAGAUUGUGCCCGUUGGGGAAGCGCUGCUAGAAAACCCAAAGAUGGAGCUGCACAUCCCUCAGAAACGCAGGACUUCCAUGUCUGAGGGGAUCAAGCAGCUCUUGAAAGACAUGUUGGCUGCUAACCCACAGGAUCGACCUGAUGCCUUUGAGCUUGAAACCAGAAUGGACCAGGUUACAUGUGCUGCUUAAAUUCAGGGCAGGGCACCGCUGUGCUUUGCAGCUGGAUUUAUUUACCAGGGACCCAUAAUCUCCAUUAUUUACGUGCAACAAGGAAGUCAAAGAUAAGGGAAGAUGACGAUAGAGAAGAUCCCUGGUCUACAGGAUCUCUGGCAAUGUGAAAUAUUUGGGUGUUAAUUUUUUGUGUUGGGAAGGGUGUUGUGGGUGUCUGGGAGGGGGCUGCAGGUGCCUGUGGAAGAACACGAGCUGGCAGCUGUCACACUCAUGAGACUUUGAAACAUGAUCCUGAGAGCAGAGCUGCCCUUGCCCAGCCCUCCCCGUGUCUCCUGAGCUGCUGUUUGACUCAGUAGAUGUUUCUAGGGAUGUGGUUCUGUAAGGAAGUGGGAAUCAGCAGCCUGAUGGUGAGGUGUACUGCCAGGUACCAGCUCCGAGUCCAGCUGGGCACAGUUUUGGGUUUACAGCUAUUGAUUUUGCCUAGGGAAAAUGGGAGCAAAGUGGUGGCUAGGUUUGCAUUGGGAGUGCAGUGCUUUAGGAAAAAUGAGUCUCUUGGACCACAUGUUGCAAGCAGCUAAAUAACUUCAUAGCCAGGCAGCUCCUGAAUAGGUGGUGCUGCCCAGGCUUGUGAGCAGCUGACAUUAGGACAGAGUAGGAUAAACAAGCUGGAAAGCCAUUUGGCAAAGCAGGUCUUCCCAAGCUGGAUUUCAUGAUCAUCUUUGUUACUGUCUUUCUAUACAGAGGGAACUGGGGAGCUGCUGAGUACACUUUCAGGUUGACAUCAUCUGAGUACAAAAGAAACAGAAAGCAGUUCACUGCUCUGAUCCAUUUAAUGCCAAACUUCAGUCAAUAGGAAUGCUGUGGAGAGAAGGAGGUUUGGCCUAAUGGGUCAUGGGCUGGAUUCUAGCCUCCCACAGGACACUUUCCUCUGCUAGCUAAUGAUCUUCAGGAAGCAAAAGGCAAUGCUGCUGUUCAGGAUAGGCUACAGUACAGUACAGCUCAGGUCAGGAGAUUGGAACCUCAGGCAGAGCAGUUAAAACUCAAUUUCCUUGCCUAUAUUUAAAGCAAAACUCCUGUUCUGGGGCUGCCCUGUGUUGAUGAUCUUUACACUUUGCUCACUGUAAAUGCAAUAUAAAGCACCACCUCUUCUCUACCCUGCAGCUUCUGAACCACCUAAAAUGUUUCUCAGCAGGUGAAAUCGCCAGCAGUGGUUUGGGAAGUGGGCUGGUCUGACCCAGCAUCACUGCUGAUCUGUCAGGGUACUCAGUCUGGAGCUGCCCAUGGUCACAAGCAGGAGAGGGUCCCCCUCAUCCCUGGCUGUGGGAACUGCUCCUUGCCUGCAGCUUUCCUCUGCCAUCACUGGAAGGUUCCUAACUGGCAGCACCUCCAUGUAUCUCCUCAGUGUACUAUGCUGUCCUCACAGGAAGGAAUGGAAAUGGAGGAAAUUCAGGUAGGCUCAGGCAGAGCAGGGAAAGGAUGGAGGGGCUUCUUUCUUCUCUUCCAUCUUUCCCAGGACACAAAGCUAUAACUGUGGCUGCAGGAAGGCCUGGUCCUUCUUAGGAGGACCAGGAGGCUCCAGAGUGGCUGUCCGUGACUUGUGAAGGUUUGGACAGCCCAAAUACACUGCCAAGCCCUUGUUUUCACACUGUGCAUGUGUUUGUCCCUAGGGAUGCUUCUAUGCACUGCAGCUGGGUGGGAUUCCUGCAGCUUCCUGUGCUGCAUCCCACAGGAAGGGGAGAGGGAACCAUUUAGCUCACAAGUGCAGUGUUAGUGCCCUGAUCACUGGACCAUACGUCCUCCACCUGGCAGAGCCUUUGCUCCUGACUGUUACAGCUGUUCUAACCGAACCCUGGCCUGAGCGGGUGCAGUAAGGGGGCAGGAGGUGAAGCUGGAAGGCAGCAACUGGAUUGCCCUGUUCUUCUCAGGACAGGAGUGAGUCCAGCAGGCCCUGGGAGGGUCGGCCCUCUUGGUGCACUGCUGUUUCAGGCCAUCUUCAAACCACACGUCUCCACCUCAGCUUUUGCAUUGCAGAUGUGUUUUUCAAGCAGCUUGAUGUUAGUGAGCUAGACCGUAGUGCCUUACUUAGGAUUUAGCAAACACUUCCAAGGAGGAGUCCUAGGGCUGCUAGCCUUUGGCCAAUGUGGAUGUUUCCCUGAUUAGUUUGUCCUUUUAAGAGCAUUUCUCUCUGAUUUUGCUGCUGUUUGUGCUCAACUCCCCAGACUAUAUAGGAACCUGCCUUGUGUUUACAGCUCCCCACAUCUCUCCCUCAGUUACUUUGGCCCAGACCAGCACUCCCUCUAGAACAAUGUGGGAACAGGAACAGCUCAAACCUGCAUAUGCUGUGAGAUGGAGAAUGUUUAGGCUUCUCUUCCCAGGUGGGUCUUUUGGGUCUCACCUGCCCAGCCCCUGCAGGCCAAACUUCCUCCUCUGCUGUGGAUGUUUGGCACUAGGAUGCACUGCUGGGAAAAUCCAAGUUUAAGAAAGCAGCCCCGAGCCUGUGGCCCAUUUCCCAGCCCAGGGCCAUGCUGUUUGUCUCUUCCUGGCUGCAGUGAAGCUGAGCAUCCAGGUGCUGGGGGUAGCUGGUUAGUGUGGGGGGAGCCAAGCCCCCCUUGCAGAGCUCUCUGGGCUCAUGUGGCCCCAGAUGGUGCCCAUGCCAGGGGAGUGAUUGUAUGAAACUGUUUACUUCU